CGGACCGCGGUGGGGACUGCUCGCCGGCUCCUUUUCCGUUUCCCGCCGAGUGACCCUUGACCUCGGCAUCUGCGGCGCUGGAGGGCCGUGUGUCCAGGGGCGUUUAGGGCCGCAGCGCCCUCCUAGGCCCCCCCCGAGGCGGGGAUGCGGUGGAGGGCGGCGGGGAGGGUCUGGGGGAGCCGCCCCCUGCCCGGGGCAGCCGGGCCUUCGGGACCGCAGGGAGGCCGCCGGAUUAGGGGCAUCGCAGAGCCAGCAUCUCUACAAAAAGAGCAGCAGAAUGUGUCUUACCAAGAAAUAUCCUCUCAGUGGGGAGCAAAUGCUGGCCACAUCAUAAAUCCUUUUAGGUGGACAGUGUGUCCUCUUGGAACCCAGCCAUUUCCCUUUUUCAAAGGGAGCUUCCAGCUUCUGAAGGAUGCCAGGUUUGGCUGUCUGCAGUUGAUACAUCAGUCUGCAUCAUUUAGGGGCCUCACAAUAGAAGACAUCCAGAAAGCAAGGGCAUCUCGAUCAAAAACCAAGCAGGAGAGCCAGGGUAAAGUAAGGCAGAAGCUUAGCGAGCGAGCUCGAGAGAGGAAAGUGCCCGUGACACGAGUUGGACGGUUUGCAAACUUUGGGGGUCUGGCUGUGGGUCUGGCCCUUGGAGCCUUGGCAGAGGUGGCGAGGAGUUCCCUGAAUGGACAGUCAAAGCCCAAGAACGGAGGCCCCCUGCUGGACUCCAACCCCUUCCUGUCUGAGGCCAAUGCUGAGCGGAUUGUCGACACCCUUUGCAAGAUGCGUGGGGCAGCCCUCAAAAUUGGUCAGAUGCUCAGCAUUCAAGACAACAGCUUCCUGAGCCCACAGUUGCAAGAGAUCUUUGAGCGUGUCCGCCAGAGUGCAGACUUCAUGCCUCCGACUCAGAUGAAGGGUGUCCUGGUGGAAGAGCUGGGCAGUCACUGGUGGGAGAAAGUGGCCUCGCUUGAGGAGACACCGUUUGCAGCCGCCUCCAUUGGCCAGGUGCACCAAGGAGUGCUGAUGGAUGGCAGAGUGGUGGCUCUGAAGAUCCAGUACCCUGGCAUUGCUCAAAGCAUCCGCAGUGACGUAGACAACUUUCUCUCCGUGCUGAAGAUGAGUGUGGUGCUGCCCGAAGGCCUCUUCGCAGACAAAACCCUGCAGGUCCUGCAGAAGGAGCUGGGCUGGGAAUGCGAUUAUCUGCGGGAAGCUGACUGCGCCAGGAGGUUCAGGCAGCUCCUGGAAGGAGACCCGUUCUUUGAGGUGCCAGCAGUGGUGGAUGAGCUGUCCACAAGGAGAGUCCUGUCUAUGGAGCUGGUGGGUGGCGUCCCUCUGGACCAGUGCCAGACGCUGGACCAAGAGAUCCGCAACGAGAUCUGCUCCCACAUUCUUCGCCUUUGCCUGCGUGAGCUCUUUGAAUUCCGCUUCAUGCAAACAGAUCCAAACUGGUCCAAUUUCUUCUACGACGCCCAGAAACACAAGGUGAGUCUGCUAGACUUUGGAGCCAGCCGAGGUUUCAGCAAGGAGUUUACUGACCAUUACAUUGAGGUGGUGAGAGCAGCUGCUGAUGGCAACAGGGCCAAAGUGCUUCAGAAAUCCAAGGACCUCAAGUUCAUGACAGGGUUUGAGACCAAGGCAUUUGAGGAGGCACACGUAGACAUGGUGAUGAUCCUGGGUGAGGCCUUCUCUGCUGCUGGCCCCUUCAACUUCCGCACCCAGAACACAACCCGCAGUAUCCAGAAGCUCAUCCCUGUGAUGCUGAAGCAUCGCCUGUGCUCCCCUCCAGAAGAGAGCUAUUCUCUCCACCGCAAGAUGGCAGGCUGCUUCCUCAUCUGUGCCCACCUGGGUGCAGUCAUUCCCUGCCGGGAGAUAUUUGAGGAUGCUUAUACGCAGUACGCAGUGCGGGAGCAGGACGCAGAGUUGGCAAAGGGCACUUAAUUCAAGGAAAUGGCAUGAGCCAGAACUGGAGAGUGGGAUCUGUCCUUCCUGCAGCCAAACUGGGGCACUGUUGAUUUGUGGUGCAGGAUCUUCUUUGCAGCGGCCACUGUCUGGGAUCACCAGAAGUGCUCCCAAGGAAUGGACAUCAUGUUGGUGCUUUGCAUCUUGCCAUCUGCCCUCCACUGGGGCAAGGCUGGCCAGCACCUGCUGUGCCUCUCUCACCUGUAGCCACCUGAAUUGUGAGAGACCAGCCCCACCCCCACCCCCAAUGUUCCUGUCAUUUGAGAGAGCCUUGUAGGAAUGCAGUGGGAAGGUUCUCCCUGCUGCAAUCCAAGGCCUCUGCCUCUCAUCACCGCGUGAUGUGUGCUGCUGCUCCCUCUGGAGAGGAAAUCACCUUCCUGGGGCAAAGUUGUUCAGAUAUUGAACUGGCCCUGGCCCUCAUGCUCCCAGUGGCUGUCAGCUGCCUUGUGCUCCCUUGUACACUUGACCUGUUUGUGUCCUGUAUGGUGGAAACUGUUGCUGUAAACAACACAGGAAUGGGGUAAAGAAAAUAGGUGCCUUUUGGGAAGGCAUGGCAGGGCUCUAUUGGCCAGCCUGCCAGAACCAAUUGAGGAACAAAAGCUGGUCAGGCUGGUGUGGGCAUGGCCAAUCCAAGCUCCUCCCUCUUACCUCUAUAUGGAAGGCAGAAGCAUCGCUUGGAGGCUUCUGGGACCCAGGAACCAGAUUUCUAGUCUGCUGCCUCUCAUUUGGGACUGGAGAAGAUAGGACAACAUCCUGCUCUGGGGCUAGGGCUACUGAUCUAUAUCUCCCUUUCCUUUUAAAUGGGGUGGGAGGAGAACCAGAGCCAAGCCCUAAAGGGGAGCAUAGAGGGGAGGUGCUGAAAGCCCCAUCUGCCCUUUCCCAGCCUUUGCAGAGUGGAUGGACUGUGCCUGUUCUGGCAGACCUGGGGGUGUGCCUCUGUUGACAGCAGUUGUUGUGUUUUUUUAAAUGGGGGUUUGUGGGGGGACAGGUGAUGAAGACAAUUGCAGUUUGAAAUGUUGGUGUGUGGGUGUUUCUUCACUGAGUCUGUGAUCUCAUUGGGUGCUAGAUGAGGAUCAGUGUCUGAAUCAGCAGGACCACCUCCCCUCCAUCCCCUCUGGCCGUGGGCCUGUUUCUGCUCAGCUUCUCUGAACAGUCAGGGACAUCCAGGAUUUUCAGUGUGGUUGUGAAUUUGCUUGGAUUGUAUCGGGACUGCUGACGUUCAGCCAUCAGCCUGCUUACAUCCAAAAUGAAAACAGAAUAUUUUAAUAAUUCAACUCAUGUGACAGAUCCAAAACCAGAAAAAGAAAUUGGGCUGCAGUGCACAUGGAAUUAGGAGGGCAUGUUGGAAAAUGCUUGAUCCGUCUGAAUUUCAGCUAGCUGGAUUGUUGACUCCUUUCAAAAAAGCUUUAGAAAGUCCCUUUCCCAGCAAAGUCACCAUAGCAGGGGCCCUGCUGCCUGUACUCAGGGCUGAUGUACCCCGGGCGGGGGGGGGGGGGUUGCUUCCUCCUUUCCCAGCCUCUGACAAGAUCCUCUCCCACCACCCACUGACCCUGGCCCCAAAUCUCCUUCUGCUUGGCUGUGCCUGAGACUUUGCCAAUAUUCUUGUGCCCGUCUUCCACAGCACUGGGCAGGAGAUUGCUGAUCAUCUCUGGGGCCGAGUUCCAGGGCUCCUGUUUCUGCCCAUUCCCCUUCCCUCCUGUGUGGGCUGUUGGCUGGCUUGUCAGAGGCAGCUGGACUUUGCUGUGCAGGACUUUGCUGUUCUUUGACCGUAUCGUUCUAGUUGGCAGGUCCUUUAUGCAGACUCCACUAAGGCAGCCUGUUUCAAGUGCCUCAUAAUAUGGCAGUAAAACCACAGAAUAAUCAUACAGAAGAAAACAAGCAAAGAGCUCUCAAAAAGUUGUAUAAACCUGAAUAAAAAAUCUGCAUAAAACUGAAUAAAAUUCUAGGGCCAUAAAAAUAUGAAAGAAAGUGUGACUCUGUCACUCCAGGCCAGGGUCAAGAGAAAUGUUUUGGGGAAGGGUGUUCCUAAGGUGAAGCCCCUCGUUCACCUGCCACAUGGAGCUCCCGCUUCCUAAAAAUUACUGCUUUAGAAAAAAGAACAAGGAAGGGGAACCAAAAAUUCAGUAACUUAAUUAAAAACGGGUGGGUGGGGAGUUGAAGCAAAAAUAUAACACCAGCUAUGCCAGAUUUCCAUUUGUUUCUAUGAAAAUUUUCCAAAUAUCUAAAGAUAAGGCCAUGAGCAAUUGUUGUCUAUAUGCCAUGAGUUCAAAUGCUGAUAAAGAUUGAUUCAUGAGAAGAGGGCAUUUAUCUCUCCCAACAGUUUUUUAGCUGUGGUAAGGGCAUGGAGGGUCUAUUUCCUUUGACCAUCAGUUAGCCUCCAAGAGAUGGGCAGAUAGUUUAAAAGUACACUGGCAUCCUCAAAAAUCAAUGAACACUUUAAUAUAGAAUUGAUAUGAGCUAUAACUUCCUCCCAGAAAAACUACAUGACACACCCAAGUCACAUCCAUGUUUAAGGACUGCAUCCUUACAGCGCCAACAGUUAGACUCUACUCAGUCUUUAUUAAACUUGCUGUGGUGUCCAGAAUGUCCUAAACAUAAUUUCUUUGCUGAAUACAUCUCAAUUUAUAAUCUGUGGAGAGAGCAAGUCUGAACUUUCAGGCCCGAUCGGAUUGUACUGGCAAAACAGAACAAACUGGCUCCUAUUCCAUUCAUUCCUGGGACCUGCUGCCUUAGGUUGGGGUUGGAGUUGCUACCUUUGGAAGUUUUUAGAGAAAGGUUGGGUAGCCAUCUGUCAGAAGUGCUUUGCUUGUGCGUUCCUGCAAAGCAGGGGAUUGGACUGGAUGGUCCUUGUGGUCUCUUCCAGCUGUAUGGUUCUAUGAUUCCGGAGACUGCAUAUUUAUUAAUUAAAAAUUUAUAAACAAAUAUUGACCGUUUUGUUUCUACAUUGCUUCAAUUAGAGUUUCCCAGCGCAAAGGGGGCUCUGAGGCGCUUGAAGGCAUGGGGUCAUAUUUAGAGAGCAACAGAUGCCAUUGGGCUGACACUGCAAGUCCUGUCUAGGCCUCAGCUGAGACGGUGGCAGCAAUGCACCGCUUCUGCCCUUGGCUGCCAGCUCAUUCAGAGACCCUUGGGGAAGCCGUGGUUUUCAUGACUUCAAGUACCCUUCCCACAUCUGACAUGGGGCUAAUUAUCUGCUCUACCUUUAAGAGCUGUUGCAGCGAUUAUGGUACAGUUCUGGAGCAGUGGGGGUGGGGGUGCUGUUUCUGCCUGGUUUGAUACCCUCAGUACAUCAGAUUCUCUGUUCAGCUUGUGCAUUUGGGUGACCUGAGGACUAAGAUUUUUCCCACACACACUGUUAGGAUGCCGUUGCUAGGUCGGGGGGGGGGGGGGGGGGCAGGAGCUGGGGAAUGGCUUUGUUCUGUGCUUGUUGCAUUUUGCAGGUGUUAAUCUCAUCGUCCUUGAAGAUCUGAGAUGGAGAAGUGUUCCCAGCCUCUGCCUUUGGACACACUGGUGACUGUAUUCUCAUGGGGGGUGGGGAAUGCUACAUUAUAUUAUCACUGGUUUUGGCGCCCUUUUAACAGAACUCUCUUUGCUGAUGCUCUUCUGUCAAGAAUAAAUUCCUUGGAACUUUAA